UUGAAAAAGAAUGGGGAAAAAACGGUUUUUAAAACUGACUUUACCCCGCCAAAAAAAAAAAACCAAACUUUCUUCAGCUUCUCUAAUCUCUCUCUCAAAUUCAGUUAGUAGCAGGAUCAGAAACACAGAUUUUUUGCCGAGAAAGAUUUGAAAGAGAAAGCGAUUGGAAAAAAAAAAAAAGAAAAAAAAUGAGAAGCGAAACACACAAAUUAGGGGAAAAUUAUGUAUUGGUGUUUUGUCUUUUCGGUUUGGUGGCUGGUCGAAAUGUGAUGGGCAUUGAGAUCCUUUCCAAAUCGAAGCUCGAGAAGUGCCAGAGGAAUUCCGACGACUCUGACGACUUGAAUUGCACCAAGAAAAUCGUUCUUAACAUGGCUGUUCCAAGCGGUUCGAGUGGGGGAGAGGCAUCCUUGGUUGCAGAGUUAGUAGAAGUUGAAGAGAAUUCAACCCAAAAGAUGCAAACUUUGCGAGUACCGCCGGUGCUUACAGUCAAUAAAUCUGCUGCUUAUGCCCUCUACGAGCUUACUUACAUACGGGAUGUCUCAUAUAAACCUGAAGAGUACUAUGUGAAGACACGAAAAUGUGAGCCGGAUGCAAGUGAAAAGGUUGUGAAGAUAUGUGAAAGGUUGCGAGAUCAAGAUGGCCACAUUGUCGAGCACACUCAGCCAACCUGUUGUCCCUGUGGGCCACAGCGACGGGUUCCUUCAUCAUGUGGAAAUGUUUUUGAUAAGUGGAUGAGGGGAAAGGCUAAUACUGCACAUUGUGUCCGCUUCCCUGGUGAAUGGUUCCACGUUUUUGGUAUUGGACAGCGGUCAAUCGGAUUCAGUGUUCAGAUUCAGGUGAAGACAGGAUCUACAAUAUCGGAAGUGGUUGUGGGUCCUGAAAAUAGAACGGUGGCAUCCACUGACAACUUUUUAAGAGUUAAUCUGAUUGGAGAUUUUGUUGGAUACACAAAUAUUCCAUCAUUUGAGGACUUCUAUCUUGUAAUUCCAAGGCAGGGAGGUUCUGGUCAACCACAGACUCUGGGAGGGAACUUUUCCAUGUGGAUGCUGCUUGAGAGAGUCAGAUUUACGUUAGAUGGGCUUGAAUGUAACAAAAUUGGUGUCAGUUAUGAGGCCUUCAAUGGACAGCCGAACUUCUGCUCUUCACCAUUUUGGAGUUGCUUGCAUAAUCAGUUGUGGAAUUUCUGGGAGGCUGACCAAAACAGGAUUAGAAGGAAUCAGUCGCCAUUAUAUGGUGUGGAAGGAAGGUUCGAAAGGAUAAACCAGCAUCCAAAUGCAGGAACUCACUCAUUUUCGAUAGGAGUUACAGAAGUUCUUAAUACCAAUCUCUUGAUAGAACUAAGAGCUGAUGAUGUUGAAUAUGUUUACCAAAGAAGCCCUGGAAAAAUCUUAAGCAUUAACAUCCCAACAUUUGAAGCCCUUGCUCAAUUUGGAGUUGCUACAAUUACAACAAAGAAUACCGGUGAAGUGGAAGCAUCCUAUAGCUUAACGUUUGAUUGCUCAAGAGAUGUGACCCUCAUGGAGGAGCAAUUCUUUAUCAUGAAGCCGAAAGAAGAGAUAACCCGAUCAUUUAAACUCUACCCAGCUACUGAUCAAGCUGCAAAAUAUGUAUGUGCUGCUAUACUAAAGGAUUCUGAUUAUAAUGAAGCAGACAGAGCUGAGUGCCAAUUUAGUACAACUGCUACUGUCCUUGACAAUGGUUCACAGAGUACACCCUUUAAUGCUCCAAAGACCAGUAUAAAUGGUUUCUUUGAGUCUAUUGAAAGCAUUUGGUACAAGCUAUGGAAUGGCUUAGCAGACUUCAUUACUGGAAAAACUUGCAGAAGGAAAUGCUAUGGGUUUUUUGACUUCAAAUGCCACAUUCAGUAUAUAUGUAUGGGGUGGAUUGUGAUGUUUGGUCUACUUUUGGCCAUUUUCCCAACAGUACUUGUUCUGUUAUGGCUUUUACAUCAGAAGGGACUCUUUGAUCCUAUUUAUGAUUGGUGGGAAGAUCAUUGUUGGACUGAUAAUGAGAGUGUCAGGAAUACUCGAAGGCACAGAAUUGACAUUGACCAUCACCACAUUCAUGUUAACAAGCAUCACCAACAGAAAGUGAGGCGCCAGAAGUAUAGUGCUCAAUAUAGGCGAAGAAGCAUUCACAACAAUCAUUUGCAUAACCAUUCUGAAAGAGGAAAUGAUUAUAAUUUCUAUCUCCAUCAAAUUCACAAGGAAAAGCACAAGCGUAGGCGAAGUAGGCAUUCAAGUGUCAUGCAGUAAGUUGGUGACAAUAUUUGUUACUGCAAACGGAGAAAGGAAAGAGAAAUGAAUGAAGGAUUAUUUAACAUGACUAGAUACGAAGAGAAGGAAGAUGAAUUUGACAAGCAGAGACAUAGGCUUCUAAGGGAAAUGAUGUAAGGUGCAUGUUAAGUGGAAAGAGUAUCUGAACUUACUAUGAUACUAUUUGAUGGCUAUCUUCUCAUUUCAGGGCAACAAAGAAGUCUCAGUUUAUUUGAAGUAGUACUCAAUACUUUGUAUCGGUUCUUUUGGAAAUAAUAAUGAUUUAAAAAAAAGAAAAAAGAAAAAAAGAUGUAGUAAUGUAAUUUACAAUGAUGGUUACAAAUGAUAAUUUUGAUAAAA